AUGUUCAGGGAUGUGGCCGUGUUCUUCAGCCAAGAGGAGUGGGGACACUUGGAUGCUGCUCAGAGGGCCUUAUACCGGGAAGUGAUGUUGGAGAACUACAGCAACCUGGUGUCACUGGGGAUUCUGUUUUCUAAACCAAAGGUCAUCUCCCAGUUACAGCAAGGGGAAGACCCCUGGAUGGUAGAAAAAAGAGUUCUUCCAGGUGCCUGUCAAGGAUGGAAGAGUUUGCUUGAAACCACAGUUUCUGAAGGAGAAACUCAGGAAGUGAUAAUGAAAAAGCUGCUAGAUGGUGGUCCUUUUAACUUCAAGUUGGGAAAAACCUACAUAUAUGAGGGAAAGUUAGAGAAGCAACAAGGCAAAAAUAAGCCUUUCAGAAAAGUCUUAGUUACCUUCAGGAAAACCUAUGUGAAGGAGAGAAGCAUGAAAGGUAUUGAAUUUGGAAAAAAUCUCAGUCUGAAGUCACCACUUAUUAGAACACCCAGAAUCAUAUCCAGAGGAAGGAAAUCCUAUUCACAACAGUAUUCAUCUCUGCUUAAACAGCUGGGAAUCAACACAUGGCGUAAAUGUUAUAAAUGUACUGUCUGUGGGAAAGUCUUCCUCCAUAGCUCUUCCCUGAGUAAGCAUCAAAGAAUCCACACUGGAGAGAAGCUCUAUAAAUGUAAGGAAUGUAGGAAAGCUUUCAGCCAAAGCUCAUCCCUUACUCAGCACCUGAGGGUUCACACUGGAGAAAAACCUUACAUAUGUAAUGAAUGCGGAAAAGCUUUUAGUUUCACUACAUCUCUUAUUGGACAUCAAAGAAUGCAUACUGGAGAGAGACCCUAUAAGUGCAAAGAAUGUGGAAAAACUUUUAAAGGUAGUUCAUCUCUUAAUAAUCAUCAGCGAAUUCAUACUGGAGAAAAACCCUAUAAGUGUAAUGAAUGUGGGAGAGCCUUUAGUCAGUGCUCAUCUCUUAUUCAACAUCAUAGAAUCCAUACUGGAGAGAAACCAUAUGAAUGUAGUCAGUGUGGAAAAGCCUUUACUUCAAUAUCACGGCUAAGUAGACACCAUAGGAUUCAUACUGGAGAGAAACCCUUUAACUGUAACGAGUGUGGAAAAGUCUUCAGUUACCACUCAGCCCUUAUUAUACAUCAGAGAACUCACACUGGUGAGAAACCUUAUGCAUGUAAAGAAUGCGGGAAAGCCUUCAGCCAAAGCUCAGCUCUUAUACAACAUCAGAGAAUUCACACUGGAGAGAAGCCCUACAAAUGUAAUGAAUGUGGGAAAGCCUUUUCCUGGAUUUCACGACUUAAUAUACAUCAUAGAAUUCAUACUGGAGAGAAACCAUAUAAUUGUAAGGAAUGUGGAAAAGCCUUCAGUUCCCAUUCAGCAGUUAAUACUCAUCGGAAAAUUCAUAGUGGAGAGAAACCUUAUAAAUGUAAUGACUGUGAAAAAGCCUUCAACCAAAGCUCAGCUCUAAUUCAGCACCAGAGGAUUCAUACUGGAGAGAAACCAUUUAAUUGUAAAGUGUGUGGGAAAGCCUUCAGACAAAGUUCAUCCCUUAUGACACAUAUGAGAAUUCAUACUGGAGAAAAGCCUUAUAAAUGUAAACAAUGUGGAAAAGCUUUUAGUCAGAGUUCAUCCCUUACUAAUCAUCAGAGGACCCAUACUGGAGAGAAACUUUAA